UUCCGGGGGUCUCGGAGAGCCCUGGCUGUGUGGGAUGCUCACACAGCUACCGCCAUGAUCCCUGCCAGGGCGGUGCCACGCUGGGUCCUGCCCAGCCUCUCUGCUUCCUUUCACUUCAGCUCCCUCCUGGCCUUGAGCAGCCUGUUCUUCUCCUUCCCAUGCAGCUGGCUGGCCGCCCACGUGUCCCUGGCUUUCCCCCUGGUCGCGGGCAUCCUUUUCAUCCCAGCCGUGGCCAACCUCCUGCUGGCCAGCUUCACGGACCCCGGGAUCCUUCACCGAGGGGCCGAGGGCCGGGCCGGGUUAGUGAUCCAGGCGCUUCGUGUCAAGGAGAGACGCUUCGAUCUGCACUGGUGCCAGAAGUGCCAGUACUACUGCCCGCCACGGACCUUCCACUGCCCCUGGUGCAACGUCUGCGUGGAGGAGUUCGACCACCACUGUAAGUGGCUGAACAACUGCAUUGGCUGCCGCAACUUCCGCUUCUUCUUCCUGUUCGUGGCCUUCCUGUGCAGCUACAACGUGGUGGUUCUGGCUUCCUGCAUCACCUACCUGGCGCUCAACUCCCACCAGGCCUAUGGCGCCGAGAAGAUCUGUGCCAUCACGGUGACCAUCCCGGCCGCUCUCUGCCUGCUGCCUCUCCUGAUCCUGGUGGGAUCCCAGGCCAGUUUCAUCACGCUGGCUAAACGCACCUGUGAGCUCAAGCCUCGCGAGGAGGGCAGAGCCAAUCCCUUCGACCUGGGAUGGGCCAGGAACUGGUACGCGGCCCUGUGUGCCCCACAGGGACCAAAGUACAUGGUGAGAGCCGCCGGACCAACGGCAGCGACCCGCAGGGGCAGGAAGGUCUCCGUGGCCCGGCUCCUUCCCCCGAUGUCACGCCUGAACACGGCACCUCUGGGACUCUCAUCCCACUGCUGCCCCCAGGACCUGCCUGGCCAGGGGAGGGCAGCCCAGGCUGGCGCCAAGGGGACCUGGUGCCCGGCAAGCCCAGAGAGGAAGAUGAACGUGGCUAAGACAGGCAUGGCUGAGUGGCCAGCGAUGGAUGGCGGAGGAGGCACACACUGGAAAUCCCAAAUACACCUCAGCAGCAGAGCGGUCUCACCCACGGCCGCGCUCCUUUCAGUGUCUGAUAUUUAAAGGGACCCCUGACAGCAGCUCCUGGCUUAUUCCAGGUACAAAGUUUCCCUGAGAGAAAACCCUGGACAAACUGAUGAAUAAAGUUUCU